GUACGGCUAGCAUUAUGUUUAUUCGUCAAAGGACAAGUAGAAUAGAGGUUAGGGGCUUUACGGUAACAAGUUCAACUGUAUGAUACGGAUGUACUAGGGAACAUAACAAAUAUAGCCACGAAACUAGCAUGUUGAAUGAAAACUAAUAUCAAAAAACCAAAACAAGAAAGAACUGGCUCCUUAUUAUUAAUAUAAUUUAUCUGGUCUGAUUUAAGUGAAGUUUUCCGAUCCGGAAUGUAAGAUGACAGGGUUUGUAUAAAUAUGAGUUCAAUGCCCUUAUUUUUUAAAAGUAAUCCUCUCCUAUACAAUAUCUCAUAACUUUUAGCUUUAAGAUGAGUGAUAAAUUUGAAACACCAUCAAUGGGAUAUGCUGGGUUUUGUGCAUUGUUAAAUGGAUUCUUUCCAGGACUGCCAUCAUAUACCGAAAAGGAUUAUCCCAAAUUAGAUGGUAAAGUUGUAAUUGUCACUGGGGCAAGUGCUGGAUUAGGUUACGAAGUUACCAAAUCAUUAUUAGGAUCAACCAAUGCCAAGGUGUAUAUGUUUACAAGAAACAAACAAAAGACCAUUGAUGCUAUUAAGAGAUUAGAAACUGAAGUUGCAAAGGAAUUCAAUAAGACAAAUCUUAAUGUUGAUUAUAUUUCAAUCGAUUUUGCUGAUUUAACAACUAUCAAACCUGCUGCUGAAGAAUUCUUGAGUAAGUCAGAUAGAUUAGAUAUUAUUAUUCAUAAUGCUGGUGUUAUGUUACCACCUGAAGGAUCAGUCACCAAACAAGGCUUUGAAUUACAAUUAGGUACUAAUAAUUUUGGUCCUCAUUUAUUUCAAAAAUUCUUAGAUCCAUUAAUUAUUAAGACUUCUAUAAAAAACAAACCAGGGGUAAGUAGAAUCGUUUGGGUUUCUUCUUUUGGACAUUACAUGUCAUCAUUAGGUGGUAUCUUUUACCCUGAUCCUAAUUUCACUACUACUAAAGUUGGUAAAGGUAAUAUAUAUGGACAAAGCAAAGCAAUUAAUAUUCUUCAAGCUAAAGGUUGGAAUACUAUUCAUCCAGAUGGUAAUAAUGUCACUUGUGUAUCACUUUGUCCAGGAUUCUUAAGAACUGAAUUACAAAGAUAUGGAAGUUCAUUUGAAUUAUUCAUGUCUGAUUUAUUAUUUAAAAAGGCAAGAUAUGGAGCUUAUACCCAAUUGUAUGCUGCACUUUCUCCUGAAAUUUAUACUGGGGCUCAUGUUCAAGCAUUUGGGAAAUUAACUACCUCUAGACCAGAUUUAACUGAACCUAGCUAUAUCUCUAAGGCAUGGAAAUUUUUAGAUGAACACGUUGAAUCUUACUUGUAAUCAUUUUGACUCAUAUUUAUGAUAUUAAUGAGUCUUAGCAAAAAAAGAUGCAACAGGUGGAAAAUUUCAAAAGUUUAAAAUUACAUAAUUAUUUAGUGACGCUAGUAAGUAAGUAGUUUAUAUGUUUAAUUAAUUUAGGUUUAAAAAUUAGAUAAGUCAUUGUCUGAAAGUAGUUUGCAACCUAAACCCGUAUACUUACUCUAUGAAAAUGCGGGGGUUGAGAAUGACGCACCGUGUUUACUAGCUUGUAUAAAUAAGUGCGAUGAUUCAUUCAUUGUUGUAGAGUCUUAUAAUGAUAUAAGCAAUGACUAAAAAAUUUGUAAGUGGUGGACUUGGUUCAAGUGAGUUUUGGG